AUGGCAUCGUGGGACCCUAGGAGCUAUGUUGCAGAGGCGCUUUCACGUCACAUUACUGCAGCGGCGAGGCAAGAAAAAAUCGGAGACGCCCCGUCCUAUUAUGAUGCUUUAACGAGUCACCUUCAAGCCCAUGAGGAAUCAGAAUCAGUGAAGGCAUCACUUGAGGCUCAAAGUCAACGUAAUGCUGAGGUUGUCAUUAAUAUUGGCGGUACACCCUUUACAGUGGUUUACAACGCCCGACGUGUUAGAGGAAUUUCUGAAAUAAAAAAGGUAAUUGAAGAUCUUGUCUCUGAUAUAUCUAGGAAAAGUGAUUUUAUAUAUUCUGAGUUUCUUCACUUAAAUGGAGAAGGUGGAGAAUAUAUUGUUUCUUCAGAACUCUUUGAUAUAUUGAAUCAUAUUAAAUCUAUGUGUCUGUUAACCAAUAAUAUGUAUGAUCCUACAACUAAGAAGGAAAAAACAUUGGAAACUACUGAUUUAAGUGGAAAUCAAAUGAAUAAUUUAAACCUUAUGGAAGGUCGGAGAGUGUUUUGGCCUGUUAAAAUGUUGCUUUCUAUUGAUGAAUAUAUGAAGGCUUGGUUAGUAGACCAAUUUGUGGUUUCUUUGCGUGAAAGAAAAGAUUUUUUGGGAGCAAUGGUAAGCUAUGAAGGCUAUACUCGCGCUUUUGGCGUUCCAGAAAAAAGUGAAAUGUGGAAAGGUGGUAUCUUGGGUUUGGAUCUUGAUGGAAAAAAAAGAUAUGUGGAUUGUUUGGAUUUGGACGAUGAUCGUCCCGCUUUUGCAACUCAUUUUGUAGAGACUUGGUUUUCCGACCCCUUUGGGAUGCAGUGCUCCACUGCAUGCUGUAGGACGUUGGUAACGGCAUACUGUCUCGCAGUAGCUCUUGCUAAAUAUGACAGUGAUGAAGUGGCUUUACGCUUUAUUCAUGAUUGGAGAAAGUCUCACACCCCUGAUACUAUGGAGUGUUUACUUGGUUAUUUACUUGUUUUUGGAACUGGGAGAAGAAUUACUGAUUUGUCAGAUAGCAGUUUUGGUGAAAAUGAUGCUCUUCGACUUCGAAUUCAUGAUAGAAAAGCACAGGUAGCUCAUGCUCAUCAACAAAUUGAACGAAAAAUGAAAUAUGAAGAGUGCGCGUUAAAAGCUAUAAUAAGGAAUAAUUCUGCUGAUGGUCUUUAUCUUUUAUCUCCAAACGAAGAUAAGGCAUUAGAAAACCAACUUGAGAAUUCUUUUUCGUUUUUCCCAACGAUGUGUACUGUUAUGUCUUAUGUUGCUCAUGGUGGUAUUGUAUGUGUAACAGUUGUUAAAAUGUUUGAGUUCUCUAGAGGGGAUUCAAAAUGUUGUAUUGGUUUAUCACAAUGCUCUCCACUUUACAACUAUAUUUUUGAAACAGGUUCAGAGUUAACUUUGAAUUUUCUUCUAUCUAAUGGAAAUGAAAUCUAUGAAAGUAUACUUUAUGAUUAUCCAUCAUGGAUUAAUCAGAAUGGAAACGAACCGAUUUUUUUUGAACUUAAUGGUAAACAUUGUGUUACAACCGGUAUUCUAAAGAAAAAAUGUAUACAAUGUGUUUUUUCCACACUAAAAUCGUUUCUUGUUGGUGAUCAGUUAUUCGUUAUGGGACAGUUAGUGGGUGAUGUCCCGCAGACAGGACUGAUGAAAUGUGGAAAUUCAUAUACUGUACUUAACUGCCUCCCAUCUGAACGUAUGUAUCCCUUCUUUUUUACAACUGUUCACAAACUUUACGGUACGGUGGGUCUUGUUGGACAUGGAUGCCACUUGUGUAGUUUACACCCACCAAUCAUUAUGAUUUGUUGUCCUUUUGAGUCUUCUGGUAUUGUUUUGGACGAAAAGAACGUGGGUCCCAAGUGUUUUGUGACAUUUUUAUCAGGUGGUGGAGCGUCUGUAUUCCAUGAGAAAAUGUAUAAAGAUUUGAGAUGUGGUAUUCCUAUUUCUGCUACUACAGUUUCUUCAUUACCUCCCGAUACUGUGGCGUUUCGGAUAAAGGGUAGAAUUGUCCAACUACUUUCUGAACGCCUUGCUCAAGAUAUCUUAUGCAUGAUUGCAGUCACUAGUAUAACGGCCCACAGUGAUAACCCCCUUGCUAUCAAUGUUAAUUCAGAAAAUGGUAUUAUAAGGGUAAUUUAG